GAGUUAAACGAAGAAAGUUGUACUCAUUUAUCAGGAAUAAUCACCACAAACAGUAGCAAUGGCGUCAACUGACACUGAAACUGCUGCAAAGAUGCAGCCAUUGAAUUUUCCUCUAGAUCUAAACAAAGUGCCAGAAAACAUGAGAGAUGUCAUGAAAGAAAUUAAGAAGGUGGCAGAGUCAAUGUUAUUUCACUGGAGUGUGUUUCCAAUAGUGUUGCCUCCCUCUGUCACAGAUAUAAUUGGAGGCCAGGAAAGACAGUCACAGAUUUUUAAGGACCUGUUUAAAGCUCCUGUGUUUGAUGAAUUGGAGGAAGUUGGAUUGACUCCAGAUGGAGGUUUGAAAAAACUGUCUAAAAAACAGCUGGAUGACAUCUGGGAGAAUGGAGAGUUUGAUGUGGACAGUUUGAAUUUUCCUGGACAAGUUCACAAAUGGAGAUUAACACAAUUACUUCAAAAGGGAACAAACAGAGCUCACAAUUCCCUGCUUGAUGAUGCAGCUGUAUCUCUCCGUCUAAUGAUAAUAACAGCCAGGAACAGAUUUAGGUCUCACUUUUUCAGCUUGACCAAGUCAGCCAGGGAGAUGGGUAGAGGGCUUUGGUUGAUUUUAGAUAUAUUGAUUGGAAUGCCGUCUACAAGUCCAGGAGAUUUACAGUCAAAAAUACAAGAUGAACACAUGAAACACCUGGUAGCAGAACUGGAUAUCAAGCCAAAGUACAAGGACACAUUGGAUAAGUUUUGUGCAUACGUUAAAAUGAUGUGUGAAAAGCUACAGUCCAAAAAUUAUCAGACAGCAGCUCUGAGACCCCCACCUGUCCCCUACAUUUAUCAGACUCCAGGGGGACAAGAAAUUGACCUGAGAUUAUUUAAUAAAGAUCUGAUAAAUAACUGUCUUCCUAUUCUGAGCAGUAUUUUAGAGAGAGGGGCAAGGGGGUGGCAUGUACAAUACAGACAGAAAAUGAUGAGGGAUCUUCAAGGUCAAGGAUUGUCAGAUGAAGAAAUCUCAGAGAAAGUCAACACAGCAAUAAUGAAAGAAUACUUAGACAGGGUAUUUAGUGCAAUUUCCAGCAACACUGAACUAGAGAAUCUUCAGCCUGGAAUAGGUCUUCUAUUAGUGUCUCAGGCUAAAUCGGUCAUUGCUAUGAAGAAAGCUGUCGGCAGUGUUAAAGACAAACUAGCAACUCAUAAACAACAGUUGAUAGAUCAUCUUAAGCAAGCUUACCCAGUCAAAUCCAGGAUACAAGCCUGGGUCAAUGAACAGAUCACAAGAUUUGAAGAUGACUUCAUUCUUCAGAAUUUAUGGUCAGCUCAUGAGGAAGCCAUUAAUCUCUGUGAACAACAAGAACUGAACCAGACAGCUUACUUCCUGAAAAGAGACCUCAAUUUCAUCAAAGAGAGAGAAACUGUGUUAGUAAAGGAGCUCAGUAAAGUACGAAUUCCCAACAGAAGAUACACAUUCUCUACGAGAAUCUGGCUGCCAAAAAAUUACAUUGUUUCCAAAACCGAAGGAACAAAGCGUACUGUGAUUCCCACAAAAAUUGUCAAAAACAAACCACCCCACAAGAUUCCACCAGCGAAUGUUUACUACACCCUGGACCGUUACCAUGGUAGGAUGACAUCAUCACGCUAUCCAUUUUGGAGAUGGUGGAACUACCUACAGAGGACCUGGGCCUGGUCUUGGAAUUCUCUUUUCUUUCUUGGGGUAGUCGUCCCAUGGUGCAGUCCUAUCAGUAUAAGGGCAUUAUUCUGGCUCAAACCUUUUAUUCCUGACUUGGAACUGAGUCAAAUUAAUGGAAAACUGUUCCCCAAGGAAAGUUCUAAAACAGAGACAUUCGUGUCGAGACUCAGGUCACUGUGGCAACAUGUAUUUGAUUCCCGCAGAAAAUUUGAACAAACACCUGACAGAGGAUUCCUUGGAAAGAGUUUCACUAGACAUCUCAACAGAAUCUGGAACUACUUUUUCAAGGGCGUAGUGGGAACUGUGGGAUUGACCUUGACCUAUCCACUCCUGUGCAUUGUGGGAUCAGCACUCGCUAUUGUUGCAGCAGUUCUUGUCCCUGCAUGGGUACCAGUGGCUACAUUGCUCUAUCACUUAAUAGGAAUACUGAUUUUUGACUUUGAUAGUCCAGCUGACAAUAACAGAUUCUCCAUACUGUGUGAGGCCAUCAUCUACAGGAUCCUGAUCAUGGGUUGUGUACAGCCAGUAGCUGCUCUUCUAACAGGGUCUUUAUUCUGCCCACUGGCUGCCUUAGGGGUAGCUGUGUUUGCCCUAACCCGGAGGUCUGGUCGCGGUAUCUGGGACACCAUGAUGUAUUUCCUCGUGAUCCGAAGCAGGGGGCGUGUCCCAAUCAGUGAUAGUUUUGUAGCCAGGAGAAUUGCUGGACCAGGCCUUGCUGCUAACUACUUCUUUCAGAUAAAACCUGAGCAGGCCUUGGCGGCCCUGGAGUCCAAGAUGGAACUUGAUGAACUGGAUGUGUGGAGGAAAAACAUGGAGCAACAGGUAGAGGUACCUACGGAAAAAUUCACGAAGUUUGUGGACCAAUGUUUCGGACCAUUCUCAGCUGGUCUGGUCGCUACAGGGGUCUACGCUCGCCUGAGGAAAGAGACACAGUCGCUACAAAAAGAUCUGAUGGUGAAAGUCAGGGAGAGAGAAGGCAAGCUAUAUACAGGGUUAAUGUCCAACAACAGCGACAAGAUAAAAUUGCCGGAGAGAGAACUCAAGAUAACCAUUCUUCAAGGUGCAAAGUUAUUAGAGAAGUUUUAUAUAGAGAGGGUCUUGCCUAAGAUGAAUAUGACCGAAGAGGAAUUCUGGGAAAGAAAAAUGUUAGAAUAUAGAGAUUGGAGAGGUCUUGUGAGUAAAAAAUUUUCCGAAAUUUUUUCAAAGGCAUUUUUAAUUCCCUUGGAUGAGUCAGAUAAUUUCUUCAGAUUGGAGGUAAAUCAUUUGAAUUUGGGCCGUUACACCAGCAUGUUGAGUAGUGGAAACUAUAGAGAUGACCUUGACCUGGUUACAGAAAUUCACUCUCCUAAUGCAAUGCCCUUUGGUAAAUGGGACGUGGUUGCUAGAGCACCAUCUUUAGACCUGAAUUAUUUUGAUCCCAACAAAGUCAUCAUUUACACCACACGAUACAAGUUGUCAAGAUCUAGGUCAAAACCAUGGAAACCUAGAAGGAGGAGUGUCACUUUUGACCAGUUACAGAUUCCCCUCCCACUGCCACACCCAGCUGUGAUAGCCCUAUCUAUUUAUAACAGAGAACAUGAGCAGAGUCCCAACAACCUAGAAGAUGCCUACUGUCAAAGGAUUUUGAAGGCCACUAAGGAAGUCCCAUACAUUGACCUUGGAGAAUCCAUGACGGAGGAGGAAAUGGACCCAGAACCUAGUACCCCAGAAAAUGGUGCAGAGGAGGAUCUAACUUUUCUUCACAUAGCACAACAGGAGCGGACAUUUUCUGAGGAGGACAUGGCAAGAAUGCAGGAGACCAACCCAAAAGAGGUGCGGGUCACAAUCCACUCUCCUGAGGGGGAGGGGCGCCCCAUCCCUAUGGUUGAUGAGGGGAUGGUGGUGUAUUCUGAACCUGAAGGAGAUAAUACUUGUGUGGAUGUUUAGAUCCUCCCCAUAGCUUCUGUGAUAAAAUUUAGUCUCAGUAGACAAGUUUAUCUGAAAUACUCCCAUCAUUCACUGCUUUGUUAGUUAUAUACAGAACAGAAUGUAUAUGUUCUGACUUUUAGUUCAAUCUUCUUCAGUUCAUUACUCCUCUAGCUUUUUUGUAUUUUUUUUCUCUGAUUUGCUCUUCCUAUGAGAAAUUGAUGUGAAAUAUGUGUUCAGGAUUUUUCAUAGAAAAGUUUCACUGGUGCUAAUAUUCACAAAGCAAUGCUGAAGCAGUCUGUCCC